UAAAGGGCACCUAGUGUAUAUACUAAAGAAAAAAAGGAAUACGAAUGAUUUUCCGAAUAUCAAUCAUAUCUCUGGCUCUAGCUACAUAUUUAGAUAUAAGAUAUGCUGAGGCCUACUGUCCGGACAACUGGAGAGAAUUUUCCGGGGAUUGUUAUCUUUUCCUCACCCACCUUCCAAUGAACUGGCAAAGUGCUUGGGAUUACUGUGCACACCGAGGUGCAAAGUUAGUAGAAAUAGAAGAUGUUUCUGAGGACAACUUUAUCAUACAAAACGCAAAAGAUUUUCAUAUUGGUGACUGUUUUUGGUUGGGUGGAUCUGAUGCAGAGCUCCCAGGAGUAUGGAUGUGGUCAACUUCACGUACAAUGUUGAUGUACACCAACUGGGCGCCAGGCGAGCCUAAUCAUCAUCAGUCCGAUAACGAGCACUGUCUGGAUCUCCUUUACUAUGCCGGAUAUAAUGACGCAUACUUCUGGAAUGAUGAAUAUUGCACACGACUUUGUCAUCCUAUUUGUGAACAACCGAGUGUCCCCGAAGGUUCAAUAAUUGGAUGAAGAUACUGGAUGCGUAUAAUACCUUGCCAA